CCUCCGGCCGGCAGGGGGCGGUGGCGGUGUGUCGGCCUCUCCUGCUUCCGUUAGCCGGCUGUCAUGGCGGUGUCCAUGUCCGAGGUUUUCUUCACGGUGAGACUCCAGCCGGUUUCCAGGAUGAGCUGAGAGAAGCGGGACCGUGUCAGGUAUGAAUGUGAUGUCAUCAGUGAUGCGUGGCGCCCGGUGGCUCCUCCACGCCGACCUGCCUCUCCUCUGUACUGCCCAGCGCCCCGCCCCCCUCCUCACCUGUCCCAGCAGAAGCUCCGCCUCCAAACAGGUCAGAGGGCAGAUGAACCAAGAGAGGAACCCGAAGGUGAAGCUGAAGGUGGACAGACAGGAGGUGGAGAUCAGACAGGGGAUGACGGUGGCAGCUCUGGCCCUGGCCAUGGACAAGGACUCUGACCACGUCCUGAAAGCUCUGCUGAACACCUCAGUGGACCUGGACUCUCUGGAGCCGGACUCGGUCCUGGAGGACCGGUGGAUCAAGGAGGCGGUGACUCGGUCGGGGAUGAAGUUCCGAUGGGCCAAACUGAGUACGAGCAGAGAGCGACCCAAACAGGACGCCCAGAGGAGGCCCCCAGCGGACCCGUCCCUCCUGGUGGGACGCCCCCCGGUGGUCACCAUCAUGGGCCACGUGGACCACGGCAAGACCACCCUGCUGGACAGCCUGAGGAAGAGUCAGAUAGUUUCCACAGAGGCCGGAGGCAUCACCCAGCACAUUGGAGCCUUCCUGGUCCAGCUGCCUACAGGUGAGAAGAUCACCUUCCUGGACACGCCGGGUCACGCUGCCUUCUCCUCCAUGAGAGCCCGCGGAGCCAACGCCACCGACAUCGUGGUUCUGGUGGUGGCGGCCGACGAUGGCGUCAUGAACCAGACGGUCGAGUCCAUCCAACACGCCAAGAGAGCCAACGUUCCAGUGAUCGUGGUAGUGAAUAAAUGCGAUAAGCUUCAGGCCGACCCUCAGAGAGUCAAACAGGAGCUGCUGGCUCACGACGUCGUCUGCGAGGAGUUCGGAGGAGACGUUCAAGCGAUCCAUGUCUCUGCUCUGAAGGGUGACAACCUGCUGGCCCUGGCUGAGGCCACGGUAGCGCUGGCCGAGGUUCUGGAGCUGAAGGCGGAUCCCAGCGGUCCGGUGGAGGGCCUCGUCAUCGAGAGCCGGAUGGACAAAGGCAAAGGGCCGGUCACCACUGCCAUCGUCCAGCGGGGGACGCUGAAGCGUGGCUGCAUCCUAGUUGCGGGGAAAUGUUGGGCAAAGGUCCGUUUCCUGUUUGAUGAGAAUGGACGGACGGUACCGGGGGCCGGACCGAGCGCCGCCGUGGAGGUGGUGGGCUGGAAGGACCUGCCGUCUGCUGGAGAAACCAUCCUGGAGGUCGAAUCUGAACAGCGAGCGAGGGAGGUGGUGGAGUGGCGGAGUCACGAGGAGGAGUUGGUGAAGCUUCGGGAGGAGCAGAACGCCAUCGAGCUCAAACAGAAGCUGCACCUGGAGGAGUACCACCGUGAGAGGGAGAGGCUGACUCACCUGAACUGGAGGCAGAGGAGGACGGCGCUGUACCGGGCCAACAAGAGCCGCUUUUCCAUGAGGCCGAGUGAGAAGACGCAGAGCGACCAGCUGAGCCUGCCGCUCAUCAUCAAAGGUGAUGUGGAUGGAUCAGUGGAGACGCUCCUGAACAUCCUGGAAAGCUAUGAUGCCCAGCAGCAGUGUCAGCUGGAGGUCGUCCACUUUGGCAUCGGAGACAUUUCCGAGAAUGACGUCAACAUGGCUGACACGUUCGGAGGUUCCAUCUACGGAUUCAACGUGGCGGCCAGCCGGGCAAUGCAGCAGCUGGCGGCCAGGAGAGGCGUCCCGCUGCGACUCCACAACGUCAUCUACAAACUGAUCGAUGAGCUGAAGGACGAGCUGAGCAGCAAACUGCCGCCGCUCGUCUCCAGGAACGUCGUCGGUGAGGCGAGAGUUCUCGCCAUGUUCGACGUCACUGUGGGGAAGAAGAAGGUUCCGGUGGCUGGCUGCCGAGUCCAGAAGGGCCAACUGGACCGAAGACUCAAGUUCAGACUGAUUAGAGGACGAGAGACCAUCUGGGAGGGUUCUCUGGCAGCUCUGAAGCACCACAAAGACGAGGUCCAGAUGGUGAAGGUGGGGAUGGAGUGCGGCUUGUCGGCAGACGAUGACGUGGAUUUCAGAGCUGGUGACAUCAUCGAGUGUUUCGAGGAGCUGGACAAGCCACAGGUCACUUCCUGGGAUCCCGGGUUCUAACGAGGUUCUGCAGAGAACGAGCUGAAUGCACAGACUGAACUGAAUGUAGAGCUGAUUCCUGACGUUAAUUAAAUGUUCCUCUAAUGUUGUGAAAAUGAGCCACAGUUGUUUUGUUUCACAGAUUUUAAUAGAAGAACUCGACUUCGACAGGAAAUCCAUCAAGAUGAUGACUAGAAAUGUGAUGUUCUGGACAAAUCAAACACUUUAAAGAAAAAGAUGUUCAUGUUCUGCUAGAAUAAGGUUUAAAACAUAAAACUUAAGAUCUCACAUCAGGAAAAACAGGAAAUCUCAAACUAAAGGACGAUCAUUCUGAUUGCGGUUCCAGAUCAAAUUUCCUGAGGCAGACAGGAAGCUGUGGAACAGGACAGGAAGUUCAUCUGUCAGACUUCCUGUCCCGGAGCUUCCUGUCCUCCUCAGGGGUAGAAGGCAGCAGGUGGAGGUGAUGAAGGGCAAUGCUUCACUUCCUCCUGCUCUUGCCAGGUUUAGCCAGCAACACCGGAUCUAUCUGAUCUGGACUCAGUCCUCUGACAGAGAACAGCCGGGCGGCACGCUCCGACAACGUUCCCCCACAUUUCAGCCCCCGAGACAUCAGUUCCUCCUUCAGGACGUCCAAACCCAGAGACUCCAGCUGCUGAACGGACGACACUGAGGACAGAUCCACCUGGACGACAGAGUUAGAAUCAGAACAUCAACCUCUACGGACAGAGAACAGGAUUUACCCACUAGUACUACAUUUACCCUCUAAUACUACAUUCAAAAAACUCCAAAUAUGCAUUUUUUACAAACUACUGACCUGCUGAGACCCUGAUGGUCUGCAGGGUUCUGGUGGUUUCUGGUCCCUGCAGGACUCUGGGGGUCUCUGGUCCCUGCAGGACUCUAGGGGUCUCUGGUUCUCUGAGCUGCUCCCAGACUCUGGAGAUGAGCUGGAAGAGAAGAUUUCUGCCAGGAUUUAUUUAACAUCACACGGGACCUGGAUCUGGUCUCUGAUGGUCUACCUGUCGCUGCUCUCAGGCUCCGCCUCCUGUCUGUGCGUUGUCAUGGUGACAGCAGCAGCUCCAAAGCUGGACGAGGACGUGGACGGAGACUCUUCGUCUUCAUCCUCUGAGCUGAGCAGCUCCUCCAGGUCGCCCACACCAGUCCUGUUUCCAUGACAACAGAGCAGAUGAAGCAGCAGGAACGCGUUACACAGGAACAUCUGGAACAUCAUUUAGAAUAGACCGGAGGAACCCACCAGAAACCAGCCAUCUUCUCCUCCUCCUUCUUCUUCUUGCUGGGCGGCUGCUGGAUCUGGUCCUGGUUUGGUCUCUUGGCUGCUGAGACAGCGUCCAUCCUCACCUGGCUGCUGGAGGAUGCCUGCAGGCCUGGAACACACAGCAGCAGUCAGACUGGUCUCACUGGUCCCACUGGUCCCAUGGGGGUCCAGCCUCACCUUUGAGCACUGAGUCCUCGAGUCUCUCCGACAGGUCGUGACACUGCCGCUGGUACUCCGGGUCGCUGAACUGGUGUUUGGGUUCCGAUAGUUUCCUCUGGAGACGCUCCAGACGACGCUGCUCCUUCUCAGCCUCCCGCUCAGCCUGCUGCUUCAGCCACUCCGCCAUCCUGGAGACCACAGAAGAAGAAGGAGGGUUCACAGCACUACAGAAGAAGGAGGAGGAGGUCACAGCACCACAGAAAAAGAAGAACUAGGGUUUACAGCACCACAGAAGAAGAAAGAGGAUUCAUAGCACCACAGAAGAAGAAAAAGCAAGCCUCCAUUUAUAUUUGUGUCUCUUUGUGGUUGUUUUGUGUCUCUGUGGUUGUUUUGCGUAAACUGGUUGUUUAAAUAGAUUCAAUAACAGCUGAAACAUCAUCAGUGUGUUUCCACGGUAACCAGGUCAUCAUCGGAGACUCACUCUUUCUCGUGGUUGACGUCUCGCAGCCGUCGGCCGCUCAGAUCUCUGCAGGCCUCGCGGUUGGUGGUCUUCUCUAUCUGAGCGCCCAGAGCUCUCAGCAUGGAGCCGAACCCUAGAACACAUUUACCUUCAGCCUGGAGCUCAAACAUGACUGGACCGGACCAUCUACUGGACUCACCUCCCUUCCCUCCUUUGAGCCGCGGCUCCAGGUGGUAGACGGAUCCAUGCUGCAGAGGAUCCUGGAGGUCCGACCGCCGACCAUUUCUGACCACAUAGAAAUCCUGAGAGGAAAGGGUCAGGGUUAGUGUCUCCUCAGAGAAGGUCCUGGAGAUGGUGGAGCUUCAGGAGGAACCAGCUGGAGGUUCAGGAAGACAUUUCUACCAUCUCCUCAUCCUGUAGAUGUUUUUAUAUCUCCAUGUUUAUUUUAUUGUGGUGUUCACUUUUAUUUUUUUGCAUUUUUGUCGUUUUGUGUUUUGUUUUAUGUCUCGUUUAGAUUCAGAGGUUUUAAUGUUUCCUCUAUCGAAAUCACAUUAAACUGAAGCUUCAAUAAUC